GGCAUCAAAAAUCCUUGUAUGGGGGUUCGUUGACAAAAAGCAGUAGUUGUUGUGUUUGGGUAAUUGCAGAGAUAUGAUGGUGAAGAAGCUUAGCUCCUGAGCUAAGUAUUUAAAGCCCAAAGCCUUUUGGCCUUGCCGACCUCGGAAAGUAGUUUCCCUAUAGAAGAAGAAGAAGAAGACUUGGAGGAUGGCCGAUUCUUCAAAAGAAGAGCUGCUCCAACUCAUCAAGCGCUUCGGGGCUUAUCUCUCUGUCAAGAUGUCCACUUUAUUCUCGAUCUCCUCCCAAAACAUGAAUACACGUUCUAUUGGGGCAAUUGCUGGCUUUGCGGUAGCAAUAGUUUUUACCUGGAGGCUUUGUAGAUCUCCCACUGGACCUCAAACAAGGCAGCCAAAACGGCAGGCACCUGCAUCCAGUAGUUCUGGCGUCAAUUCUCCGUCAAAUUCAACGCUGACAACUACGGGAGUUUCAUCAUCAGAAGAUACAAGAGCACAAAAUGUUGUUGACGAGUUCUUUCAGCCAGUGAAGCCAACCUUGGGGCAGAUAGUUAGACAGAAACUGAGUGAAGGAAGAAAGGUGACUUGUCGUUUACUUGGAGUAAUCCUGGAGGAAAGUAGCCCAGAGGAACUUCAGAAACAAGUGACUGUGAAGUACUCGGUGCUAGAAGUACUCUUGGAGAUCACAAAAUAUUGCGAUCUGUAUCUAAUGGAAAGAGUUCUGGAUGAUGAAACUGAAAACAAGGUUCUAUCGGCUUUGGAAGAUGCUGGGGUUUUCACAUCUGGGGGUUUGGUCAAAGACAAGGUUCUGUUCUGCAGCACAGAGAAUGGACGGACAUCCUUUGUUCGGCAGUUGGAACCAGAUUGGCAUAUUGACACAAAUCCUGAGAUCAUCUUCCAAUUAUCUAGGUUUAUCAAGUAUCAGCUUCACAUCUCUCCUACCAGAUCUGAACGAGCUACUUCCAAUGUGUUUAACUCCCCAUCCUUGGAACAAUUCUUUGGAUGCGUUUGAUGGUUAAAGAGACGAUGAUACAAAACAUAAAUCUUUAGGUUCCUAUUAGGGUUCUUCUUUUCACCCUAUUUUGGGUUUUAUGUAUUUCAUACUUUAAGCUGCAGCUCAUUAAAGCACAGUGUUCUCUUUUCUUGUCGUUGUACUUUUGUGCGGUUAUUGGUAGUCAGUAGUCAGGUGGUAGACUUGCUCUGUAUAACUCCUCUGUUUCAAGGGAUGUUCUUCAUUGUUUGAAAUUUGUGUAAUACAUUGGAUGAAAUCCAAAUUCCAACCAGAAAUUUUAUGAAAGGGUUGAUGUAUGUAAUC